CAAAAUGUUGUGUGUAUGUACCCAAUGAAUAAUUAAUUAAUAUAUUUUCCAUUUUCUCUGAUGUCUUGUGAUUCUCCUUAAAUACACAAUAUCAUUAGUUCCAUACUAUAGUUCCCCUCUUUCUCCAAUCAAACCUUAGAUAUUCAUGUCCAUUGGUCUAAGUGCUUUGAGUAUUAAAUAACGACAGAUUCAGAAUUUAAAGUUUUUGGAUUUCUACGACUAUCUUGAGAGAAUAAUUGUUUAUGUGAUUAUGGGAAUUCAAAAGCCAUCAUGGUUGAAGGCUCUUUAUGUGGAGAAAUUCUUUGUGCCAUGUUCAAUUCAUGAAAGUGCAAAGAAGAAUGAGAAGAAUGUUUGUUGUUUGGAUUGUAAUAUUAGUAUUUGUCCUCAUUGUGUCACUUCUCAUCGUGUCCAUAGAUUGCUUCAAAUUAGACGCUAUGUAUAUCAUGAGGUUGUUCGAUUAGAAGAUAUAGAAAACCUUAUUGAUUGCUCCAAUAUCCAGGCAUAUACAAUAAACAAUGCUAAAGUGGUUUUUAUCAAGAAGAGGCCUCAAAAUAGGCAAUUCAAAGGAGGAAACUAUUGCACUUCUUGUGAUAGGAGUCUUCAAGAACCAUUUAUUCAUUGCUCUCUUGGAUGCAAGGUAGAUUUUGUGCUAAAGCACCACAAGGACCUUUCCCCAUUUCUAAGAAGAUGCACAAUUCUACAACUUAGUUCUGACUUCUUUAUCCCUCAAGAUAUGGGUGACGAUGACAUGGCCAUCGACACAGCUCAUUCAACGAUCGUGGACAAUGACGAGCCAUGGAGCUCAUCAUCGUCCACGGGCUCGGGAUCAGAAAACAUGAGUUUUCCAUGCACUGAGUUUGUAAGGAAGAAGAGAAGUGGAAUGCAUGUUUGUGGAAGAUCAGCUAAUAAUUGUAACAACAUAACAGAAGAAGAUAUGGCUACUAGUAUAAGUAGAAGAAAAGGCAUUCCUCAAAGAUCUCCAUUAUGUUAGAAUACUAAUUAGUUGUGUUUUCAAACAUUAAUUUGUUUUAACAAUU